AACGUGUGUAUCUAGUGUUUAUUUAAAGGAGACUAUAAUAUGAUAUCCCUAAAAAAGGAGAAGUUUCACAUGUUGCCUUAAAACCUCCCUUAUAAUGGUCAUUCAAAGGUAUCACUAUAGUCUUGGUGUUCUUGUGUAGUAAUUAUACAUGCUGUCUUCAUGACCAGAGAUAAAAUUCAUUACAGUGUGAAAUCAAAUAUAUUCAUGAGGGACUAAUUUUCAAUGUUGAGUCAAUCCAUGAAAUUUAAUCCCAAGGAACAAGUAAAAUUCCCAUUCAUUUUAUGUUCAAAAGUUGAAGUCCACGAAUUCAUAUCCCCACGAAAUUGCUGUUUUGAUCAAAAACACGAAAUUUCAUGCCCACAAAAUUAAAUGAUUUUACAGUAUUUGCUUGAGAAUUUCGAGGUUUGACAACUGUGACACUAUAGAGGUCCACAUGUUCAUUUUGUAUAAACAUUGAUGCAAUUCAAUGCAUCUUAAGUGCAUUUCACUAUUCUGAUAGUGUUCAGAUUGUAAGGUUUCAGCCAGGGCCUCACUUAUUAGCCUGGAUUGCUUAGCUGUAAAGUUGAGUACUUUGCAUGAUAUCCACUGACAAGCAGAAAAAUGUAGGCUGUAUUGGUGUCUUUAAUCAGGAAAAUGUGGUUUACCUUUAAAUUUUUAUUACAGCUGAUAAUUAAAAGGCUUUGUGAAAUACAACACAUAAAAUUUAUUGUGUAUCACUGUACACAUAACAUAUGUAUGCAUUGAAACUACAACAGGCAUUCAGCAUUAUAAUAUAAUAUAAAACAAUCUGACUACAAGGUUUAAAACACAGUGUGAGAAAUCACAUGACUUAAAAAGGCAGCUUACACAAAAAAAUGGCCGAUAAUUUUUUCGAUUCGUCAGGAAAAUCAAAGUAUUUCUAUUGAUAAACCUUUGUUUUAGAUGUUCUGAUAUAUCUUAUCAUAUGCCCCUUACCUUCCGAUUUCCUCUGGUACCCAUACUUUGUUCCAUUCACCUAUAUUUUCCAAGAACACUUUGGAAGUUUGAAUACAUUCGCAGUUUUUAGAUGAUGGUAUCCACGGAUCGACACAAUUUUGUCCAAAAAAGUACAAAUUACUGAAGUAAAUGAAAGUAGAAUCACAUGAAAAGUUUACCAAAUACCCAGUAAGUCACGUGAUUCCUCACACUGAAACAGUUGUGAGUUAUGUUAUAUGUCUGAUAAGUUGUUUUUAUUAAAGAAUAGAAUAGAAAACAGAAUUACAUUUAAUGGUUAUUUCUUAAUUUUACAGUACUUGACUGGGUCAUUUCUUAUUAUGGUAGUGAAAAGAAAAAUCUAUACCAGUAACUGACCUAAAGUAUGUUCCAAAAACAGAUAGUGAUUUUUAACCUAAUAGUCUGGAAUAGAUUACCUCCCCUAGUUUCCUUGGCGACCGCGAGAAACAAGAUGGCUGCAGAUCCAGAAAACGAAAAGUUUUAUCUCGAACGAGAACAACUUACAGUUGACUCGGAUGAUGAGUUUCAGUAUGAGGAAGUGCCGGUUGAUGAAGAUUUUGUUGCUCCAGAUUUGCCUCUCUUAAAUCUGGAGGAAGAUUUGGAUCUAGCUGUGAGAACAAUCAAAGAAUACAAAGAGGAUGAGCAGGCAACUGUAAGUUUAACAGUCAGAUUAUAA